AGACUUGGCACUCCUGUUGGUGGAGAGAAAGCUCAGAAACGACAUUGAUUUUAAUGGCAGGAGACCCGCUUGGUGCUCCUUCCCUGUUCGUUUAAUUGCAGCUUGUGAAAUCUGGCCACUGCUCGAAGUUUAGCUUUCAUCCUGACUUCAUAAACAUCACCUUUGGCUUUUUGCCCAGGCCAACAGCAGCAGGGAAUUGCCAAGUGAGGCUUCCUGCUUUGAAGAUGGCUCUUUUCAGCUGGCUGGUUGCUCUUUGCCUCCUCCUCCUCCUCUCUUUCUGGAAGAGCCAACGUCCCAAAGGGUUCCCUCCCGGACCUUGGCGCCUGCCCCUGAUCGGGAAUGUGCUUCAGUUCAGUAUGGGGAAACCUUUGAAGGACCUGGAUCAGUUAGCAAAAAAAUAUGGUCCUGUCUUCUCUCUUUAUGUUGGAAACAAACCUGUAGUCUUUACUCACGGAUUUCCUUCAGCAAAAGAGGUCCUCGUGACAAAAGGCACAGAAUUUGCUGGGAGAACAAAUGUUUAUAUUAUGGACGUGAUCACUAAGAAAAAAGGCAUAUUCUCACUACCUUACGGUGAAGUGUGGAAGGAGCAAAGGAGGUUUUCAGUGAUGCUUUUCAGAAACUUUGGAGUGGGCAAAAAUUUGAUGGAAGAAAAGAUCUUGGAGGAGGCGACUUAUUUGAUUCAGGCAUUUACUGAAAACAUGAGUGUGCCUUUUGAUCCUUAUGAGUUCCUUGACAGUGCGGUCAUCAACAUACUUUCUACCAUAAUAUUUGGGAAACGUUUUGAAUACAACAGCAGCUUCUUAAGAACCCUGCUGGACCUGAUACAUCAAAAUAUCAAACUGCCAGCAGGACCCUGGGCCAUGCUUUACAAUGCCGUGCCCUUAGUGAGAGGGCUUCCCCUGCCCCACCAGAGAAUACUAACGAAUGCCAGUAAGAUCUUUGCUUUGCUUGAAAAAGAAGUGGAGGAACACAAGGCAACCUUGAUUCCUGGAGAACCACGGGAUUUCACUGAUGCGUAUUUAGAAGAAAUACAGAAGGUAGAUUUCUUAGUCUUUUGUUCUGAUUUUACACUGUUAUUGAUACAGUAUUUUACAGAAUGA